AUAGGCUACUUUCCGUGCGGUGCGUCACGGUAGCUCUCAUCCGCAUCACUUUUGGCGCGAUUCUGGGGAUUUAACUCUCGCAGACAAGACAGAACCCCUGCGAGGACACGCGCGACCAAUCCCAUGAUUUCAGUGUCCGAUGACCCAAAGCGGGGGCUGCACUUGACUGGCAUUAGAUUGGCGUAGGUGCACGACAGGUAGUUGGUAACUAAUGUCAGGUCACUUGUGCGAGCGUAAAGGUGGUAUUUGAGAAUACGCGUAGACUGGGAGGGACACGUUGAUUCAAAACUAACAGACGCGCAUAUAUUACGGGGCAGGAUGGAAAAAAAGACGAAAGUGCCCUCUCGAAAACACAGCGCAUCCCACUGGAUAUUCCAAAACAUUGCGCAGGAAUCUGUUGAAAGCUCUGAUGAGGAGUUUUUCGAUGCAAGAGAUGUUAUGGAGGGGAAGGCGGCCAUACUUCUGGGAAUGAGCCAGUGGAACUCCAAUGACCUGGUGGAGCAGAUUGAGACGCUGGGACACCUGGACUACUCAAGAGAGAACCUCUAUAGACUGCGACACCCGCGCUGCGCCCCACAGAGCAGUGUGGAUGGUCUGGAAGACAUGGAGAAGAAGUGCAGAACACAACUGCUCAUCUUGGUGAUUCAUGGAGGUCACAUCUUGGAUUCGGGAGGCGGCGACCCUGGCGGGAAGGCGGGCGACGCUGCCACCAUGGCGUCAGUGUUGGAGCGUGUGGCGCGGGCUCACUUCCAGGCCACCGCUGACAGCAUGCUGGUCAGACUGGUGCCCUGCCCAUCGGUGUGCUCUGAUGCAUUCUCCCUGGUCUCAAAUUUGAAUCCAUACAGCUACGAUGAGACGUGUGUAUCCAGCAGCGUGGAUCACUUGCCGCUGGCUGCUCUGCCCAUCCUCGCCAUCGCCGCACCCCAUUACCAGAACGCCGUGGCAACAGUCAUUGCUCGCGCCAAUCAGGUUUACCGAAACUUCCUUCAGUCCCCAGAGGGCGUAGGCUUUACUGGACAGGUAUGUCUCGUGGCAGACUGUGUCGGCGGUGUCCUCUGUUUUGACGCUUUGUGUUUUAGUGGUGACAAGCAGUACAGAAGCAGAGAGGACAGCAGCAACAACAGCACAGAGAGUCUGAAGGAGAAGCCAGAUGUUGUGAACUCUCUCAGUCCUACUCUGAGAGGCAGUAAGCGGUUGAGUAAGAGUAACAUUGAUGUGUCGAGCCCGUGUGACGUGCUGUCUGGAGUUCGUCAUCCUCUCAUCCGCAAGCAGAGCGACUCGUGUGAUGCAGACGUGGCCAGCGGUCAAGGUGAUGUGUUUCUCAGCAGUCUGUCUCAGGACGAUCAGUACGGCUCCAUGCAUCCUCUCAAUCCGGGUUGCUUUGAGUUUGAAGUGUCGGACUGUUUUAUGCUGGGCUGCCCGCUUGGUCUAGUGCUCGCUAUGAGGAGGACAGUGUUACCUGCCUGUGAGGUGACUCAGCUCCGUCCGGCUUGUUCUCAGAUUUUUAAUCUCUUCUACCCAUCCGAUCCCUCCGCCUCACGACUGGAACCCCUGCUGCAUCCAGUUCUCACCCAGCUGCCCCCGUUUCCGGUUCCCCGCUACCAGCGUUACCCUCUGGGUGAUAGGCGCUCAUCUCUCAUUGCUGACCUGGCGCUCAGACGUAUGUCAGACGGCAGUGUUUAUGUAGACGGAACAACAAUACAUUCUUGUGGAGGAAGCGGGUCGCGCAGGGGUAGCAAUCGAACCAUCCCGCACGGCCCUGAGCGAAUCGAACCUGCCCUGAGCGAGCCUGUUAGCAUCUCCAACAUAUGUAAUAGAUGGUGGGGCUCAAAGCGAUUAGAUUACGUGCUAUACUGUCCAGAUGUGCUCACUACAUUUCCCACUAUAGCGCUGCCUCACCUGUUUCAUGCUUCAUACUGGGAGUCCACAGAUGCUGUAGCUUUUAUUCUCAGACAGGUGAUGCGGUGUGACUGUCUGAAGGCUGGAGAGGCUGAUUGUUCAGACAUGAUGCCCAUCUCUCCCUCAAGCCCACGUGAGAAGUGGCUUCGGAGACGGACGCAUGUCAAACUACGGAACGUAACAGCGAAUCACAGAGUUCAUGAUGUCAUUGCGACAGAGGAUGGCCUACAGACGCUGGUGGGACGGUUCAUGUACGGACCUCUUGACAUGGUGACCCUGACCGGAGAAAAGGUCGAUGUGUUUUUAAAGACUCAGUCUGGCUCUGGGCGUUGGGUGAUGUUUGAUACCGUGAUAACCAGCAAUAGCGGACGGGUCUCCUACACCAUCCCUUCAAAUAAAAGACUUGGCUUGGGGGUCUACCCUAUCAAAAUGGUGGUCAAAGGUGACCAGACAAGCGCGGAAGCUUUUCUCACAGUGUUGCCGAGAGGAAUGGACUGUGUUGUGUUUAGCAUUGACGGCUCCUUCGCUGCCAGCGUCUCUCUGAUGGGCAGCGAUCCCAAAGUCCGUGCAGGUGCCGUUGAUGUGGUCAGACACUGGCAGGAUCUUGGCUACCUGAUCAUCUAUAUCACUGGUCGUCCUGACAUGCAGAAGCAGAGGGUCGUGUCCUGGCUCUCUCAGCACAACUUCCCUCAGGGGAUGGUCUUCUUCUCUGAAGGUCUCGUUCACGACCCCUUGCGUCAGAAAACCCUUUUUCUCAAGAGUCUGGUGAAGGAGUGUCACAUCAAGAUCAGUGCGGCAUACGGUUCGAUGAAGGACAUGUCUGUUUAUAGUACUUUGGGUCUGGCACCUAAUCAGAUGUACAUUGUGGGCAGACCAUCUAAGAAGCAUCAACAACAGUGUCAGUUUCUAAGUGAAGGCUACGCAGUCCACCUGUCCACACUAGAGUUCGAGCACGGCUCGCGCGCCAAAAAGAACCGCAUGGUGCUGCGUCAGGGAUCUUUCGGCCUGUCCGCCAAGACGGACUUCCUGUCUCCAUCUCCAGACUUCCUGUCGUGCAAGCGCACCCCGCUGCUACGUCGAGCCAUGUCUGUUCAGCAGCCGUCCCCACCCUCCUCAUCAGUCUCCACCCCCAAACCCGAGCGCGCUCUGAGUCAGCCCGAAUCUCACAAAGAUGGACCGGAGAUUAUCAUCCAGACGGAAGAGCCGGAAGCAGAGGAGGAGGAAGAGGAGAAUGCACAAGAUGUUGUACUGUAACUCCUUUGGUUUUAGAGACAGUUUUCCUUCAAUCCAGAACACACAUUAAGAUCGCAUAUGAAAACUGAAGAAUACAUCAUCUCAUCUUUAAACAUGCAUUUUGCAGCAUCAUAACAACCAACAUUAAUAUUUUAAAUCAAUAAUGUUUUUGGUGUUACAAAGUUACAAGCAAAUACGUGAAAGAGGCGUGAUGAAGCCGAGUGAAAAACGCUUCACCAUGAACCGUAAGAGAUUAUUUUCUUGAGUGGUAAAAUGUCUCCACAGGUUUUAUGUGAAGGUAACCAUGGACAUGAACACCUGAAUCUCAUCUAUUUAUAGCAGAGCUUUGUGUUCUUCAGAGCUCUCUGGUGACCUGCACCCUCCCCCAGAUGAUCCGGCACGUCUGGAUCUUAGAAGACUGUUUUCUUUUGGGUUUUAAUUAGGCUUGAAAAAGGACCUUAGAUUGGGGAUCGUACAGAUUUCUGUAAUAAAAACAUUCAGCAAGAUAUUUAUUUGACUUUUGUGUGCAUGUUUACAUUUUUUUAUCAAAAAUUUGCCUCACAUUAAUUCCCUCAUUCAAUGCGGCAUACUCAUACAUUAUGUAAAGAUUAUGAACUGUACUGUUGCCUUCAUUUAGGAUGCAGUACGUAAUAGUAAUGUAUUGCCAGUGCAAACACGCCAUGCUGUGAUUUGAUGUUUAUAGCACUUUCAGAAAGAAUCGCUUCUUUUAUGAACAUAAGUGUAUUGCACAAACCUGUAUAUAAUUGUAUAAAUGUAUUUCAUAGACAGUGUAAUUUAAUGUUAUAAAAUGUAUCUGGUGAAAUUAAUUUGUCAA